UCUAAUCAUGAACAACUUGAGAUUAAUUGCAUUGAUUAUUUUUACAUACGAUGAGAAAACUUUAAAAAUAGUCUCCUAAGUCUGUGAAAUUUCUAUUUCUGUUGUUAUUCACCGAAAAUAUUUUCAAACAAAUUCUUCGAGAGGCAUAAAUCAAUGUGCGCUACACGGUUUUGCUUGUCGCGCAUCACUUAAUAAUUUCGUUUUCCAUGUAUCACUUAGCAAUUUCGCUUUUUACAUUUGUUGUUCAACUACACUACACGUAAAAAAGAUAUAACAUCACAGUUUUAAGAAAAUAUGACUUGUUCAGAGUUGGAAGGUCAUCGAUCAUGACCAUUUUUGUUUCCGAAAGAGAGUGGUAAUAGGUUAUCCGACCAGAGAUUUGGCUCGUAUGCUUACAACAGAGUUCGUCCGAUAAAAGCAUCCAAGAGCCAUGUUAUGGUGUUUAACUAUUCCAGGGGUUAAAUACUGCUCAAGAGUAGGAACAAUCGCUUCUUUUAUAUUCUAUAUUUUGCUGUCUACGCCUUUUCUCUCUCCGAACUUUGGUGGCACUCGGCUAUUUAUAGAAAAUGCUUGUCCAAAAUGCUGCAUAGAGGGAUUGAACCCGAAACCACACAGCUGAUUGUAAAGUAACAAAAUAUAAAGAGCAGACCCCACCUCCAUCCUAUUCUUGAAACAUUCAAAUCAGGUAUUGCUCACCUUUGAUUCACCAAGAAAUUAAUAAAGGAUAGGAAAGACUGAAGAAUAAUCUUAUCAAGAUGACAUGUAAUGUCAGUUGCAUAACUUUGAUAUAAUUUAUGAAAUUACGAAGAAAAGAAUUAAAGCUGUAGUUUAUGACCACCAAACAGCAAUAUGGAGGAGACAUCUGAGAGUCAGAUUCAUGAUGAAGCAAAAUCUGAGAAAAAAAAUGUAUCUCAUAAGACACAGUUAAAUACACCAAAGAAAUUCUACACCUGUGAUAUAUGUUUACUGAUAUUCUCUGAUAUUGACAGUUUGACUAAUCACAAAAAUAUACAUGCAGAUAAAAAACCAUUCCUGUGUAGUGUGUGUGGUAAAACCUUCUCUGAGAGUUCAAAAUUAACUCAUCAUAAAUGCACACACACAGGUGAGAAACCAUACCACUGUGAUAUUUGUGGUAAGACCUUUUCACAGAAAACUAAUUUAACUCGUCACAAACAUGUGCACUCAGAAACAAAACCAUGCCAAUGUGAUGUCUGUGGAAAAACUUUCUCAACAACUGGAAAUUUAGCUUCUCAUAAAUGUAUUCAAUCAGAAGAAAAAUCAUUCACUUGUGAUGUCUGUGGGAAAACGUUUUCUAAAAGUAAAAUAUUAACCAUCCAUAAACGUAUUCACAUGGAUGAGAAGCCAUACCAGUGUGAUGUCUGUGGUAAAUCAUUCUCCCAAAGUGGGUAUUUAACUUACCAUAAGCUUAUUCACACAGGAGAGAAACCAUACCACUGUGAUAUUUGUACUAAAACAUUUUCUCGAAAUGAUUAUUUGAAACGUCACGUACGUGUUCAUACUGGGGAAAAACCAUAUGAAUGUGAUAUCUGUGGAAAAACAUUCUCUGGAAGUGGAAAUCUAACAUGUCAUAAACGUAUACAUACAGGUAGUAAACCAUACCAUUGUGAUACCUGUGAUAAAUCAUUUUCAACAACUGGAAGUUUAACUUCUCAUAAACGUAUUCAUUCAGGUGAGAAACCAUACCAGUGUGAAAUUUGUUUGAAAUCAUUCUCUCAGAAUGGACAGUUAACUAAUCACCGAAGUGUUCACACAGGUGAGAAACCAUACCACUGUGAUGUCUGUGGCAAAAGAUUUUCUAUAAGUGGUGAUUUAUCUCGUCACAAACGUAUUCACACAGGUGACAAACCAUACCAAUGUGAUAUCUGCCGUAAAAGGUUCAGUGCAAGUGAAAAUUUAACGACUCAUAAACGUAUUCACAUAGGUAAGAAACUAUACCAGUGUGAUGUCUGUGGUAAAAUAUUUGCAAGGAGGAGGUAUUUAAUAAUUCAUAAACGUAUUCAUACUGGUGAGAAACCAUACCAUUGUGCUAUUUGUGGUAAAACAUUCUCUCGAAAGGAAUAUUUAACACUUCACAAAUGUAUUCAUUCAGGGGAAAAACCAUAUCAGUAUAAUAUCUAUGAUAAGGCACUGACAGGGAAUUCUGAAUUGACUUACCUCAAGCAGCUUACCACAGCUGAUAAAUCAUACCCUUGUAAUAUCUGUGGUAAAACAUUCACGCAUAAUUUGGUGUUAGCUAUUCAUAAACGUAUUCACACAGGUGAGAAACCAUACCACUGUGAUAUAUGUGGUAAAUCAUUUUCAAUGAGUGGAAAUUUAUCUUCUCAUAAACUUACCCAUUCAGAUAAAGAGCCAUAUGGGUGUGACAAGUGCGGUAAAACAUUUUCUGAAAAUGAUCUUUUAAUUAAUCAUCGAAGUAUGCAUGCAAGUGAGAAUCUACGUCGUUGUGAUAAAACAUUUUCUCAGACUGAAGAGUUAACUCCUUGCAAACAGACUCACAUUAAUGAAAAACCUUACCACUGUGAUAGUUCUGAUAAAGAGUUCACUGUAAGUGAAAAUUUAACUUCUCACAAAAACAUUUACACAGGUGAACAACUACAUCAGUGUAAUAUCUGUGGUAAAGUAUUUGCACAGAAAAGAAACUUAAUAAGACACAGAUAUAUCCACAGCAGUGGUAAGAUGUACCAUUGCAAUAUAUGUGGCAAGAAAUUCACUCGAAAUGAGUAUUUGACACUUCACAAACGAAUUCACACAGGAGAAAAACCAUAUCAGUGUGAUAUCUGUGGCAAAGCAUUCACAAUGAAGAAGAGUUUAACUAGUCAUAAACAAGUUCACUCAAUAUAAGAACUAAUGGAUGGAUGCAAACAUGGUCAUGUGGUUGGCUUCACAAUCACACGGUUGUGAUUUUAAUUACACCGAUUGGUACAUUAAGCAAGUGUUUCCUGCCAUAGUUUCAGGCUGAUCGUAGUGCAGGAGUUUGUUGAGUGGAUUGUAUCUGUUGUUGGGUGGUACAUUUAGUCCAUUGCUUAAUUGAGCAUUAUCACCAGGUUCUUGGGUGUAUUUAGAGGAGACCAUUU